AUGAACAACCACGCGGAUGCCAACAGAGGAGUCGGAAAUCAGAAUGCAAACGAAAGCCAGAUUGAUCCACACAUUUUACGACUCAUACCAAGGCCUCGGGACGUGACCUUCAGGCUGACUGAAGAACAGCUCCAAUUAAUGUACUUUACAUGGGCCGGCGCACGAAUCUGCAUGCGCCAAGAACUCUACCAACCUGAAGUACCACUUCAGCCCCGCCCUCAGCCCCUGGUCUUGUCAGAAGUGAUGCGUGCGAUGAUAGUGGUGUGGAUUGCAAGGGAGCACCGAAUCUAUGAGAUGGAAAUGCAGGAGUUGGAGCGUCUCCUGGGACUUUAA